CACCCAGCCUAUGGAAUACAAAAGCAGUAAUAAUAAUGGGUGGAAAUACCUGGUAACAUUUAUGGAAAGCUCACCAAGUGAAUUGGGAUGGAUAGAACCAUCAUUAAAAUUUGGCAGUGAAACUGUAAAUCUGGUUCAAUCUGCUGGUGUGGGUAGAACUAGUGUUGUAUAUGAGGGAAAGCACAAUGAUGAAUUUGUGGUUGUAAAAAUGGCAAAAAAGGUGGAAUAUCUACAUUGUUUUGAAAGGGAAAAAGAUGUAUUGGAAAAAUUGUCAACUCUUAAUUCACCUUAUAUUCCAAAGAUCCUAUUUAACAAUUAUGACACACUUGUUAUUACUCCAUGUGGUGAGAAAGUUAAUAAUUUACAAAAGAAAGAUAUCAAAGACAUCAUUACCACCCUCCAAGAUGUUCAUUCAUGUGGAAUUAUACAUAGAGAUCUUAGGAAAUACAACUUUCUUCGAAAUUUUGAUGAUUUAAGUGAAAAUAUUCUUAUUAUUGAUUGGGGAUAUAGUACAAGUAAUUCUGAAAGUGCUAAAUUUGCAGGUGCAUUGGAAUGUAUGCCAAACGAAGUCCUGGAAUCAUUAAUCAAUGAGGAAGAGAUCAUUUAUGGGCCAAAAGUUGACUUGAUGUGUUUUGUGCAUUCAUUUUAUUUAAUGAUCCAUAGACCAUCACUGGAUAUGUCUCCCUUUGAUAAAGAUGAUAUUAAAAAAUGA